AUGACAUCUGAAACAGAAGGCACUGAAAUUGAAUCGGUAGAUGUGUCACAAUUAAUGGAUAAACAUCAAUCAAUCAAGACUGAUGGUACCACCACAAAAGCAUUGAAUUUAGAGAUGGAACUUGAAAAGAGUUCGGAUGGACAAGAGAAGGGAAUCAAUUGGUUCAUGGCUUCGAUGUUCAUUCUAGGCGACUUAGUCGGUGGUGGCGUUGUUGCAAUGCCUGUCGCAUUUGCUCAGACAGGAUUUUUACUUGGCGUGCUGUUUAUGGUAAUCAUUUGUGCAAUUUUUGUAACAACCGGGUGGCUACUUGCUGAUACAUGGGAAAUUAUGCGUAAACGAUGGCCGGAGUACCGUAAACACUGCCGGAAACCAUUUUCAGAAAUGGCUUUAAGAAGCAUGAGCAAGAAAUCGGAAAUUGUCACCAAAGUGACUGUCUAUUCAACUCUAUUUGGUGCCACUGUGGUUUAUAUACUUCUUUCCUCUAAGAUAAUCCAGAAAUUUAUGAAUAAUUUCGACCUGAGUUUCAAUUUUUGCUUGCUUCUUAUUAUCGUUUCCAUAUCUAUAUUACCCAUAACAUUUCUUAAGUCACCCGCUGAUUUCUGGUGGGCGAUCCUUAUUGCUGUCCUUUGUACUAUUAUAACAAUCACUAUGAUAUUCGUUGGUAUUAGUUUAGAUUUUCAUGACUGCUACCAUGAGGCUCACUAUUCGGGUACUUCAAUCGACGCCAUCCUCGGUUUGGGCAUUUUCCUGUUUGCCUUUAAUGGUCACCAAGUUUUUCCAACUGUGCAGAACGACAUGCGCAAUCCGGCGGACUUCAAGAAAUCGGUUUUAGUCGGAUUCGUUUUUGUGGCAUUACUUUACAUGCCUUUGUCCGCAUAUGCAUUUCUUAUAUACGGUGACAGUAUGGCCAAUUCAGUGAUUGAUUCAGUGCAGACAACUUGGAUUCGUUACGUGGCUGAUUUAUCCAUAGCGAUACAUUGUAUUCUUGCUAUUAUUAUCACCGUGAAUCCGAUCAAUCUGCAAUUGGAAGACACGUUCGAUGUGCCGCAGAAAUUCUGUUUCAAACGAGUGUUAGUUCGCACAAGCCUAUUGCUUACAGCAUUAUUUGUUGGCAUGUCACUCCCCAACUUUGGUUCUGUGAUGAAUUUAUUUGGAAGUACCGCAGUACCUUGUACAUGUGUCGUUUUACCAACCUUAUUUAAUAUUUAUAUUAAAGCUGCUACCUAUGAUAAAGAUAAUAACAUAUGGAUUAAGCCGACAUUUCUCGACCAAUUAAAUAUAGCUAAUUUUGCAGUGCUAACUGUGAUUUGUUCCGUCAUCGCUACUGUAUUGUCUGUUAAAGAAAUAUUAGGUGUGAGAUUCACUCCACCGUGUUAUAUUCUGCCAUUUCUUACUUAUAAGAAUAGAACACAGCUGGAUGCCGAUGUGCUCAACUGCUGUGGAAUGUUUAUGAACAUUUCGAAAUUCAACUUUCAAUGUGGUGCUCGAUCUUGA